UACAGGGGCGGGGCCAGAUCCGCGGAGCGGCCGACGAUGGCCGAGUACCAGGCGGUGCAGCGCGGCGCUCUCCGGCUCAAAGGCGUCGCUGAUCUGGGCGUCAAGAAAAAGAAGAAGAAGAAUAAAGAAACCAAGAAAAUGCUGGAACAGAUCACCUCAAACCAGCAGCAGUGUGAGGGUGGGGGAGAAAAUAAACGAGCAUCUGUAGACAAGAGGACUCCAGCGCAGAAGGCAUUCGACAAGAUGCAAGAGAAACGGCAAAUUGAAAGGAUCCUAAAGAAGGCAUCGAAAACUCACAAACAGAGUGUUGAGGAGUUUAACAGACACCUGGAUACCCUGACAGAACAUUACGAUAUUCCUAAAGUCAGCUGGACUAAAUGAGAUGGAUGCAGCUUUUGGACAUUAUUAUUAUUGGGGUUGCUCUUGUUAUUUUCAGUACUUUUUGUAUCAGUAGUAAACAAAAUAGAUUGUCACUGUUCCUCUGUUAGCUUGCGUGACAGGAAGUGACUUGCAUCUCGUGAUGGAUUUCUCAACGUCGUGGCGCUUUGUAAAUAUAAUUUUCUAUGUUGACGUUGCUUUUGAAGUUGUACAUUAACUCUACAGAAAGAUAAUAAACAGCUCAUUCUACACUGAUCAGCUGUGUAACGAUGAAUACACAAUGGUAGCUGGUCACAUGACCUUGGGAGUGAGUUACUUAUCCUGUAUGUUAUUUAACACCAGCUUUUAUUCUUUUUAUCUGUAACAUUUACUUAGUUUUUGAUCUUAGUCCACGUGUAUCACAGUGUUAUUACCUGAAACUGGUUGUUAGUCUGCCUGCAGUACAUUGCAUAAGUGAGAGGCAUCCUGGUAACAGAUCCCUUUCUGUAUAUAGCCCAAAGCUGAACUUAUUUUGAAACAUACUUCAUUUUAAAUGUGACCAUCAAAGCUUAUUGGAUGAAUGAGAGAAAUAUCAACAAAGGAAGUGCCAAAAUUGCACAAGAGGUUUUGCAAAGGAACUGCAUCUUCCAUUGUUGGGAGUGGAGUCUGACUGAUGUUGGGCUCUUGAGUCAGUGGGAUGUAAGUGAUGUUCUGUGACCUUUGAAGAGGUGAGAAGGUAUCUGAGUAUCCAGUUAGUCACUUAUUUGCCUUUUGUGUAUCAGGUUUGUCUGCAAUAACAGUGGCUGUACCCGAACUAAGUGUGUGGGAUGUCCUGAGCCCUACAUUAUGGAAACCUAUUUCUAAAUGUGUCAUUUGGGUGGGGGGGUGAAUUCUGUUGUGUUCAUGAGACAGGAGGCUUGAGAAGAAAUCCUUCUGAACUUGGGUUCCAUUAUUCAGCUGCUACCUUGUUCCUGGUUACCUCAGAAGAUCUUUAGGCCUUCUGCUUUGUGCCUCAACAACAAUAAUACCUUUUUAUACAGUACCUUAAACUUUCAAAAUGACCCCAGCACAAUUCAUAGAUAAAUCAUCAUGCAAAAUUUCUCAUAAGCACCUUCAUUUCACCCAGGUAGCAGAUCCUUUUAAUUGCUUCUUCAUUACUUUUGCCUACCUUGCUCUUAAAUGCAACAACAAUUGCUGUGGGCGUGAGGAGAAUAGGAUUGGGUUGGGUUUCUGCCAGAAAAUUAUGCAUUGACACUCGCAGAACAGAAACUUGCGCACAAAAUCUGGACAGUCCGGUGUUGCACUAUUGGAGAUGAUGAUUUCUGGCCGAGACAGCAAAUGUUUAAUUUUUUUGAUCAAUGUCACAAACUUGGUCAUUAUUACUAUUUGUAGGAGUUUACUGUGAGUAAAUAGCUACUCAUUAAGACCCAUUUCAAAAGCACUUUAGCUGUAAAGUGCAUUGUGAUAUCCUCAAAUUAUGAAAGAUAUUGCCUCAGUAGAACUUUUUAAAUUCAAGGAUAUGGUAGGAACAGACUGAGAGAUUAGACUGGAACUGGCACUGGACUGGGAACUGGAUCAAUGACUUCCACAGCCUUCCAGGGUAGAAAAUUCCAUAGGUUCACUGCCCUCUGUGUGAAGAAAGAUUUCCUCAUCCUCGUUCUAGCUGGACUGCCCCUUAUUCUGAGACUGAUGCCCUAGUUUGAGAUUCUUCAAACAAGGCAAAUAUCAUCCCUGCAUCCAGCCUGUCAAACCCUGUAAGCACUUCAUAAGCCCUGGGGAGAUUAUCUUUCAUUCUUAUAAACUUGUGAAUCUUCGUUUCUAUGGCAAGUAUACAUCAGGUAAGGAAAGCAAAACUCUGUGUGCACUGGAUCCAAUCUUACCAAGGCCCUAUGGAAUUGCAUUGUGGCAUCUUUAUUCCAGUACUUAUGAUAAAGGCCAACAUAUAAUUUGUCUUCAAGAUCACUUGCUGCACCUGUAGGUUGACCUUCAGUGACUUGUGUACAAGGACGCUUGGGUGCCUUUGAACAUCGACAUUGGCGCCAGAAGAGUGGCGACACUUGCGGGCUGCCCCCCAGCACAUUCUCAGUAAUGCAAAAAGAUGCAUUUCACUGUAUGUUUUGAUGUACAUGUGACUAAUAAAUAUCUAUAUCAAUUA